CAGUGUCCAAACAGAUCAAAGCCCUUUGAAGAAAAAAGAAAGAAAAAACCAGACAUGGUUGAGGAGAUCAAUGACAAGCUGCUUCCCAUAGCCAACGUGGGCCGGAUCAUGAAGCAGAUCCUGCCACCCAGUGCCAAGAUCUCCAAGCAGGCCAAGGAGACAAUGCAAGAAUGCGCAUCGGAGUUCAUAAGCUUCGUGACCGGAGAGGCGUCUGACAAGUGCCACAAGGAGAAUCGGAAGACAGUUAACGGAGACGACAUCUGCUGGGCUCUCAGCUCGCUAGGGUUUGAUAACUACGCCGAGGGAAUGGAACGGUACUUGCACAAGUACAGGGAGUUUGAGAGAGAGAGAGCCCACCAAAACAAAGCCAAUUGUGGCAUUGCUGCAGGAGAGGAGAGAGAGGAGGCUGAUGAGCAAAUUGCUCACAGUCCAACUGCAUUAGAGCUUAGGGUUCUUGAAAAGGGUGGAAGCUCUCUCACAAAGCCAUCUUGAUAGAGAGAAAGGAGUACUGGCUUUCCCUGCUAUGAGCUUCUACAAUUGUUAGGUCACCGGUUUGUUCAAAUAAGUCGCGUUUUCCAUGCUUUUCCCAUGUUACAACUCCCGUACGAAUUCAAUCCAAACCAAAAUAAUGGAGAGGAUAAACUAAACAAGAUUGUGGAAAGAGAUCGAUGUUCUUGCUAUGUAUUUAUGUGCCUUGAGUUGGGAAAAAUUUUGCAAACCAAUUCAUGAGUACUUGCAAGUUUUUUUAAGGUAACUUUGAUUUGUCUCCAUGGCUCUUUUCUUAUUUUUUGGAUCCUUUUAGUUGUAGAUUUUGUUCUAGGGUGUAUUUAAGCUUGUAUCUAUGAAGAGAUUCAUCGGAAAAUGAAAAGGAAUUUGUGGGAUUAUAUUUUC